AUGUUGAUCCAAACUUUCUACAAUGGUUUGACCCAUGAGUUCCAAAUUUACAUAGACGCCGCAUCGGGAGGCUCCCUUUUGACUAAGAACCCAACUGAAGCAAAGGAGCUAGUUGAGAAGAUGUCAGCUAAUGACAACUAUCAUCCAGGCGGCCGAAACAAUGUGAAAAAGGGAGGUAAAUUAGAUGUGGAUGCUCUAACUCUUUUGGCUAGUUCUGUGCAGGCACUAUCAAACAAGUUCGAUAAACUGCAAACUGGAUCCUCCGCUAAUGUGCUUGAAACAUGUCAAAUGUGCAACACCCAAGGCCACAUCGCUCCCAAUUGCCCACAAAACUCCAAUGAAGUAUCUAUUGAGGAAGCCAAUGCCUUCUAUAAUUCCAACCCGAAAAGACCAUAUGAUCCCCAUUCGAACACAUAUAAUGAAGGUUGGAAGCACCACCCAAAUUUCUCCUACAAAAACACCCAAGCCCAACAAAAUCCACCUCCACCACCACCCCGAAACAACAACUAUAAUCCACCUGGUUUUCAACCAAGACCACCCCUAGUUCAACAACCUAUGGAACCCAUGCACCAACCCCCUCAAAAAUCCAAUCUCGAGCUAAUGAUGGAGGACUUCGUUAACACAACUAACAAUUCCAUCCAACAGCUGCAAGCCCAAAAUAAGCUCAUGGAAAACCAGUUAAGUCAACUUGCCCACCAAGUUGGCCAAUCUUCAAAAACGUCGGGAACCUUCCCGGGCCAAACUGAGCACCAAAAAAGGGGCACAUGA